UAACCCCGCCCCUCUGCAGAGAGAACGGGAGCUCCAUUCAAACACACCAAACUCCGCGCCCCGGGAUGCGACUGUCGCUGUAGAAGAAGAGAAAGGCGACCGUAGCAGCAGAAAAGGCAGAAACACACCAUUAACCUCCAAAAAUCACGGACAUUCAGCGACACAGCCGGGUACAAGGCAGUCAGCAGCAGUAACACUCUCACUGAGCGCAGUCUGCUAGCGGGAGGCUAACGGCUAACAGCACCGACAUGGCGAGCGCCUCAUACCACAUCUCCAAUCUGCUGGAGAAAAUGACCUCCAGUGACAAAGAUUUCAGGUUUAUGGCCACUAAUGACCUGAUGACCGAGCUCCAAAAAGAUUCAAUCAAACUGGACGACGACAGCGAGAGGAAGGUGGUGAGGAUGAUCCUCAAACUGUUGGAAGACAAGAAUGGAGAAGUUCAGAAUUUGGCUGUUAAAUGCCUGGGUCCUCUGGUCAGUAAGGUGAAGGAGUACCAGGUGGAGACGAUCGUGGACACUUUGUGCACCAACAUGCUGUCAGACAAAGAACAGCUCAGAGAUAUUUCUUCCAUCGGACUCAAAACUGUGAUCGGAGAGUUACCUCCAGCCUCCAGCGGAUCAGCUUUAGCCGCCAGUGUUUGUAAGAAAAUAACGGGCCGAUUGACAAGCGCCAUCGCCAAACAGGAAGACGUGUCUGUGCAGCUGGAGGCGCUCGACAUCAUGGCUGACAUGCUUUGCAGACAAGGCGGUCUGUUGGUGAACUUCCAUCCCUCCAUCCUCAGCUGUCUGCUCCCUCAGCUCACCUCCCCCAGACUGGCUGUCAGAAAGAGGACCAUUAUGGCUCUGGGACACCUGGUGAUGUCCUGCGGGAACCUGGUCUUCAUCGAUCUGAUCGAGCACCUCCUGACCGAGCUGGGGAGAAACGACAACAUGUCGACCACCAGGACGUACAUCCAGUGCACAGCGGCCAUCAGCAGACAGGCUGGACACAGGAUCGGAGAAUAUCUGGAGAAAAUCAUCCCUCUGGUUGUGAAGUUCUGUAACGUGGACGACGACGAGCUCAGAGAGUACUGCAUCCAGGCCUUCGAGUCCUUCGUCAGGAGGUGUCCCAAAGAAGUUUACCCCCACGUUCCCACAGUCAUCUCCAUCUGUCUGCGCUACCUGACCUACGAUCCCAACUACAACUUUGACGAUGAAGACGAGGAUGACAACGCCAUGGACGCUGAGCAGAAUGAUGAAGACUACCAAGGCAGCGACGAUGAGUACAGCGACGAUGACGACAUGAGCUGGAAGGUUCGGAGGGCGGCAGCUAAGUGUCUGGACGCCGUGGUUUCCACCCGUCACGAGAUGCUCCCGGAGUUUUAUCGCUCCGUCUCUCCUGCACUCGUCUGCCGCUUCAAGGAGCGGGAGGAGAACGUGAAGGCCGACGUUUUCCACGCAUACCUGUCACUGCUUAAGCAGACCAGACCGGCUCAGAGCUGGCUGGCUGAUCCGGAUGCCAUGGAGCAGGGAGAGACGCCGCUAACGAUGCUACAGAGCCAGGUGCCCAUGAUAGUGAAAGCUCUUCACAAACAGCUGAAGGAGAAAAGUGUGAAAACUCGUCAGUGUUGUUUCAACAUGUUGACCGAGCUGGUGAACGUCCUCCCAGGAGCCCUGACUCAGCACAUUCCAGUUCUAAUACCAGGGAUCAUUUUUUCUCUCAACGACAAGUCAAGCAGCUCCAACCUGAAGAUCGACGCUCUCGCCUGCCUCCACGUCAUUAUGGUCACACACCCCGCCCACGCCUUCCACCCCCACGUCCCUGCCCUCGUCCCGCCCGUGGUGGCGUGCGUGGGAGACCCCUUUUACAAGAUCACCUCUGAGGCUUUGCUCGUCACGCAGCAGCUCGUUAAGGUGAUCCGACCUCUGGAUAACCAACCAGAGGGCUCCGACAGCUUCGACCCCUCGCCAUACAUCAGUGACCUUUUCACGUGUACGAUCAAGCGCCUGAAGGCCGCCGACAUCGACCAGGAAGUUAAAGAACGAGCCAUUUCCUGCAUGGGGCAGAUCAUCUGUAACCUAGGUGACCGGCUGCCCACCGAGCUUCCAGGAACGCUGCUGAUCUUCUUGGAGCGCCUGAAGAAUGAGAUCACGCGGCUGACGACGGUGAAGGCCCUGACGCUGAUCGCCGGCUCUCCCCUGAAAAUCGACCUGAGGCCGGUUCUUCCCGACGCAGUUCCCAUCCUCGCCUCCUUCCUCCGAAAGAACCAGCGAGCUCUGAAGCUCUGCACGCUGGCCGCUCUGGACAUCCUGCUCAGAAACUACAGUUCCGCAGUGACUCCCGUCAUGGUGGACGCCGUCCUGGCCGAGCUGCCCCCCCUCAUCUCUGAGAGCGACAUGCACGUGUCUCAGAUGGCGCUGAGCUUCCUGUCCACGCUGGCGGUGACUCACCCGUCCUCACUGGGUCAGCUGAGCGGAGGGAACAUCCUCCAGCAGCUCAUCGCACUGGUUCGAUCCCCGCUGCUACAGGGAGGGGCGCUGGCCGCCAUGUUGGACUUCUACCAGGCUCUGGUGGCCACCGACACUCCUGGUCUGGGCUACAUGGACCUGCUGAGGAUGCUGACGGGUCCGGUUUACUCUCAGAGCGCCGCGCUGCCUCACAAACAGGCUUACUGCUCCAUUGCUAAAUGUGUGGCCGCUCUGACCAGAGCCUGUCCCACCGAGGGCCCCGCUGUGGUGGGCCAGUUCAUCCAGGAUGUGAAGAACAGCCGUUCCACAGACUCCAUCAGGCUGCUCGCGCUGCUCUCAUUGGGCGAAGUGGGACACCAUGUGGACCUCAGCGGCCAACCAGAGCUGAAGACGGUCAUCCUGGAUGCUUUCUCCUCCUCCAGUGAAGAGGUGAAGUCUGCAGCCUCGUACGCUCUGGGCAGCAUCGCCGUGGGGAAUCUUCCGGAAUAUCUGCCCUUCGUCCUGCAGGAGAUCUCCUCCUCCAAGAGGCAGUACCUGCUGCUGCACUCACUCAAAGAGAUUAUCAGUUCGGCGUCCGUGUCCGGGUUGAAGCCGUACGUUGAGUCUGUCUGGUCUCUGCUGCUCAAACACUGCGAGUGUCAGGAGGAAGGAACCAGGAACGUAGUGGCCGAGUGUUUGGGCAAACUGACGCUGAUCGACCCUGAAACCCUGCUGCCCCGCCUCAAGGGAUACCUGCUGUCAGGUUCAUCAUAUGCCAGGAGCUCCGUGGUAACAGCGGUGAAAUUCACCAUCUCUGAUCAGCCACAGCCCAUCGACCCUCUGCUGAAGAACUGCAUAGGUGAUUUCCUAAAGACAUUGGAGGAUCCGGACCUAAAUGUGCGACGGGUUGCCUUGGUAACGUUUAACUCCGCAGCCCACAAUAAACCUAGUCUAAUCCGAGAGCUGCUGGACUCGGUUUUACCGCAACUUUACAACGAGACCAAAGUGAGGAAGGAGCUUAUUCGAGAGGUGGAGAUGGGUCCCUUCAAACACACGGUGGAUGAUGGGCUGGACUUGAGAAAGGCUGCGUUCGAGUGCAUGUACACCCUGCUGGACAGCUGCCUGGACCGACUUGACAUCUUCAUCUUCCUGAACCACGUAGAGGACGGCCUCAAGGACCAUUACGAUAUCAAGAUGCUGACGUUCCUGAUGCUGGCCCGCCUGUCGUCACUGUGUCCCAGUGCUGUUCUGCAGAGACUGGACAGACUGGUGGAGCCACUGAGAGCCACCUGCACCACCAAGGUGAAGGCGAACUCGGUGAAGCAAGAGUUUGAGAAGCAGGACGAGCUGAAGCGGUCAGCGAUGCGAGCUGUCGUCGCGCUGCUUACGAUCCCUGAGGCUGAGAAGUCGCCGCUGAUGUCAGAAUUCCAAUCCCAGAUCUCGUCCAAUCAGGAGCUGGCGGCCAUCUUCGACUCCAUCCAGAGAGACUCCAGCUCGGCCAACAUGGAAUCCAUGGACACCAGCUAAAAACACAGACAGAAAAAAUUCCCACGAUGCAACACGGCACCACCCCGCUGCUGGAGCGCUAACCCUGCAGCAUGUUUCCAUGACAACAGGACGCAGACACACACACAAACACACACACACACACAGAUGUAGUGACACACCUUCUCCUAGCGACCGAUCGUUCCAUGAUGCAUUGCACUGAAAUCAGCUGUUGGGAAAGAAAAGAGGAAGAGUGAUGGACAGCUCUCAUACGGACAAAACAGAAAAAAACUAAGUUAGAGAAAUAAAAAAUUCCAGAAAAAUAAUUUCCAUAUGAGGCUUGGAAGCUCCCCCCUCGCUGUUUUUUUUUUUUUUUUUUUAUGAGAUCAUCUGAUAAGCUGAUCUCCUUGUGCAUCAUCAUUCCUCUGUUUUGAAAAAAAUUCUUUCUUUUCAUAAUUCCAAAAGUUCUACAGGUACUGUAACCUGACUGGCCGCUGCUGAGAGACUGACAGCGUGUUAUCAAAACUGACCAAUAGGGGAACAGCCUUUCCCGCCUGAAGCUGUGGGAGAAUGGGAGGAGGUUUGCUCUGGAAUUUCUUUUUUGUUUUGUUUUUGUUUUUGGUGGGGUUUUUUGCGAAUGAUGUAGGGAACCAGUAGGAGGGUUUUUGGGAAAGGAAAGAUGGGCGGGGUUUCACUGUUUGUGGACCAAUCAGCAUCUCUGUUUCCCCCUGAGCCAACAGACCGGCCCUCUACUUCUUCACUACUGGGAGAGAGGGAUGAAUGGAAGGAAAGGAAGGAAGAAGGAAAGAGAGAAGAGAGAUUAUUGGACCAUAUUACAUUUGACCAAACCUGACUGGACACUGGCUGUUGCCAUGGUAACAUAGUGUAAAACAAAGUAACCAUUUUUUUUGUUGGCUGUUCUGUGAGUCAGGCGGCUUCAAACCGGUUCAAGCUGGUUCCGUCUGGUCAGCUCCAGUUUUGAUAUUAAAGUUCUGCUAGUUCUGCUUGGUCUGAUGUGGUUAAACUGAGUGCAGACUGGUUUAAUCCGGUUUGGUACAGUCUGGUCAGGACAAUCCACUGUUGUUUGUUGCCCAAGAAAAAUAAAAAGGUCCAUUUCUGCCUGCCUUCA